CAUUCUCGCACGCUCCGAAACCGUUCACUUUUGUAGGGACAAGAAUUCGAGUGACUGUCGAUCCGUGUAACAGUUGAUUCUUGAAAAGUGGUGACAUUGGCCUUGAGAGUCCUACUGUAAUUCUAAAUCGUCCAUCUGUACUCCAAGUAUCAAUUCUCAGUCCACAAUCUUCAUCCUACGUGUGUGCUGUGUGGUUUAUUGCCUUUCAAUUCCUCAAUCUAAGCAAUUUGCAAACUCUUGGUACAGCCAAAUAGCCCACGAUGUCUGAGAUGGGUUCCCCAACCGCAAACAUUGAUCGAUUCCAAAAAUUACGUCCACUAGGUGCGCUCGAGCAGUUCUCAUCCGCGAGACAUCACCUAGGAUUCUACCACAAUGUUGGGAUAUCGGCUACAUAUUCUCAUGUGACAGAGGUAAAUGCUUUGAGUUCUUUGGAAGAUGUCAUUCUCAAAGCAGUCGCAGCCGUUGUCCAAAAACACCCUAUACUAUUGGCCAUUGUCAUAGAUGAAGACUCUCCCAACCCAUACUUCGCGCGCCUUCCUAGUAUCGACAUUCGGGAGGCAGUAACGUUCCUUAAACGUGAAACGACCUAUAUCAAGGACCAAACGGACAUUGAGAUUGACCGCAUUCUAGAAGAUCAGCACAACAAAGGUUUCAAGACGAGCUUUGGCAAGCUGCCUUUUUGGCGUCUGAUCAUCGUCACAAACUCAGACGUGGAGUUCGUUGCGUCUUUCAUUUUCCAUCACAGCCUAGGUGAUGGAGCAUCAGGGCUGGUCUUUCACAAAGACUUUCUCGCUGGCCUUCAAGACAAGACCCUUGCUUUGGUGAGCACUGUUGUACAUCCUCGCCAGACAGACCUUCUUCCCAACCUCGAACUUCUGCACCCGCUUCCCAUACAAACUCCAAAGCCAGCCCUUGUGCAUGCCAACCUCUGGUCUGGUAGAGAAGUCACGAUGCCAACACAGAGCCAUUUCCGAUCACUCUUCCUCUCUCAAUCCACAAGCCAAGGAUUCGUCCAAGCCUGCAAGUCGCACGGCACAACCGUCACGGCCACAAUUCCCGUCAUCAUGGCUAUAGCACUGAUGGAGAACAUUGAAGCCAGUUUCGACGAGGUAGAAUGCACCGUACCUGUGAGCCUCCGCCGUUGGAUGCCAAAUAUCAUAAACGAGGAUUCAUUCGGAGUCUGGAUUGAUGCAUUCUCUCAGUACUACCACCGUGAGAACGUGUCUACCUUCUCCUGGGACGAAGCGCGAAGAUCAAGAGAGACGAUCAGCGAGUACUUGAAGAGUGACGGACAGUGUAUUAACGUGGCGAAGUUCCAGAAGAUCAAGGACAUGAGAGAAUUCUUCUUGUCGCGGGUGGGAAAGGAAAGAGGCACAAGUUUUGACGUUUCGAAUCUCGGCGGUAUCAAAGCAGGGCAACAAGAGGGGUCAGAUUGGACUAUGGGAAGAGUGGUGUUCGGUAGGAGUGCUUUUGUGUCUGGAAGUGCGAUUGCAGUUGGGGUCGUAAGCGGAAUGGAUGGCUGUCUGUCUCUUGGAUUCAGUUGGCAAGAGGGGGUUGUUGGUAAUGAUUUGAUGGAAAAGCUCAUGCAAAGAAUAUUGGAUGAGAUUGAUAGCAUUGCCUGCACUAGAGAGGUUUUGUAGUAGUAAUCGUUGAAUCUUCCGACUCGAGGACCGAUAUCCACAAGAAUAGGUAGUCAACGAUGCCAGAUCUUUGGUCGACACCCGAACUCUUUAUGUUUCCGAUGAUGUUUGAGUCUGAGGGUUGCUAGCAAACUUUUCGUAUCGCUAUAUUGCAUCUCGCAUCGUAAAGAAAUGAAAGCUUAUACUAAGCAU